AUUUAACCAAGCUUCUUCCGCCACAUCAACGAAAGAAAUCUUUACCACCCAUACGACUCCAAGCUCACACGAACUUCUUCAUUCCCACCAUCGAAAUGGCUUCUGCGGCCCCUCUCUCACCCCUGUCCAUCGCCUCCCCUCGACAACCGGUUGCCGCUGGUACGGCGUCCCAGCGACCGGCGUUCGUGCGACUCCCUUCACCGGGGCGGAGAUCGUCUUCCAGGGUGGUGGCGGUUUCGGCAGUGGGGCAGGUGUCGGCGGACGGCAACACGUAUUUGAUCGCCGGUGCGGUCGCGGUGGCGCUCCUCGGCACCGCUUUCCCCAUCCUCUUCUCGCGCAGGGAUAUAUGCCCAGAGUGUGAUGGAGCAGGAUUUAUCCGGCAGUCAGGUGUGACAUUGAGGGCGAAUGCAGCCAGAAAAGACCAACCUCAAAUUGUCUGUGCUCGUUGCAACGGGCUUGGAAAAUUAGGACAAAUAGACAAGUAAGACAAGUGUAUUUUGAGCAACACAAGACAAAUGUGCCUACAUAGAUUAUUUGGAGGGUCUUGGUCGUAUUCCAGCAAGGUGUUUAUAUUCGUCCAUUUGGGUGUGCCUACUGUUAUGUAUUCUGUUGUCAAAAAAUAUACCACUUUUCUUGUAAACUUAUUCGAUCAAUGAAAAUGUUGACCAUAAGGUGGCGGCAUUAUAAUGUCAUUCACCAUA